UCGUUCUGGCCGUCAGGGCAACACCUAGAAAAAACAUCCCCGACGACGUGCCCGAAGCCCGUAAUAUGGGACAAUUUUAACACUAAAACCAACGCGUUUCGCCACUUUACCCUUUAACACUACUCGGGGAACCCGUUCGGUUGUGAAUUAGUUCGUUUUAACGGUCGUUUGAGCCAUGUCUCGCGGCGCGCUGCAGCCGAGCCAGCAGAAGCUGGCGGAGAAACUGACGAUCCUAAACGACCGUGGCAUCGGGAUGCUCACGCGCAUCUACAACAUCAAGAAGCAAGGACAAGUUUGGAAGGCAUGUGGAGAUCCCAAGGCAAAGCCCUCGUACCUGAUUGACAAAAACCUGGAGUCGGCUGUGAAAUUUAUCGUCAGAAAAUUCCCAGCUGUCGAGACGCGCAACAACAACCAACAGCUUGCACAACUACAAAAAGAAAAGUCAGAAAUACUGAAGAAUUUAGCUCUAUAUUACUUCACCUUUGUGGAUGUUAUGGAAUUUAAGGACCAUGUUUGUGAACUGCUGAACACUAUUGACGUUUGUCAAGUCUUCUUUGAUAUUACUGUAAAUUUUGACCUCACAAGGAACUACCUGGACCUUGUGGUGACGUACACUACACUGAUGAUGCUGCUUUCACGUAUCGAGGAGCGCAAAGCGAUAAUCGGCCUUUAUAACUACGCUCAUGAAAUGACACACGGUUCAAGUGAUCGAGAAUACCCCAGACUUGGACAGAUGAUCGUAGACUAUGAGAAUCCUCUGAAGAAGAUGAUGGAGGAAUUUGUUCCUCAUGGAAAAUCGCUGUCAGAUGCACUGGUCUCCCUACAGAUGGUGUACCCACGCCGUAAUCUGUCUGCCGACCAGUGGAGGAACGCUCAGCUGCUCAGUUUGAUUAGUGCUCCCAGUACCAUGCUCAACCCGGCCCAGUCUGACACGAUGCCAUGUGAAUACCUGUCCUUGGAUACCAUGGAGAAAUGGAUUGUUUUUGGGUUCAUCUUGUGUCACACGGCCCUGAACAGUGACCCAGCGGCUCUCAGCCUGUGGAAGUUGGCCCUUCAGAGCAGCUCCUGUCUCUGUCUCUUCAGGGAUGAGGUCUUCCAUAUUCACAAAGCUGCUGAGGAUCUCUUCGUAAACAUUCGCGGCUACAACAAACGUGUCAACGACAUUCGUGAAUGCAAAGAAUCUGCUCUGUCACAUGCGGGCUUGAUGCACAGAGAACGGCGCAAGUUUUUGAGAUCUGCCCUGAAAGAGCUGGCCACAGUGUUGGCCGACCAGCCCGGAUUACUGGGCCCCAAAGCCCUGUUUGUGUUUAUGGCUCUUUCAUUCGCCCGCGAUGAGAUCAUUUGGCUGCUCAGACACGCAGACAACAUCCAGAAGAAAAGCACAGAUGACUUUAUUGACAAGCACAUCGCAGAGUUGAUCUUCUACAUGGAGGAAUUGAGGGCACACGUGCGAAAGUAUGGACCCGUAAUGCAGAGGUACUACGUGCAGUACCUGUCCGGCUUUGAUGCUGUGGUGCUCAAUGAGCUUGUACAGAACCUGUCUGUCUGCCCAGAGGACGAGUCCAUUAUUAUGUCGUCUUUUGUGAACACUAUGACCUCUCUGAGUGUCAAGCAAGUUGAAGACGGCGAUGUGUUUGAUUUCAGAGGGAUGAGACUGGAUUGGUUUAGACUCCAGGCUUACACCAGCGUGUCCAAGGCCUCACUCGGACUGGCAGAUCACAGGGAGCUGGGCAAGAUGAUGAACACCAUCAUCUUCCACACCAAGAUGGUCGACUCUCUGGUGGAGAUGCUCGUGGAGACUUCAGAUCUGUCAAUUUUCUGCUUUUACAGCCGCGCCUUUGAAAAGAUGUUCCAGCAGUGUCUCGAACUGCCGUCCCAGUCUCGACACUCCAUCUCCUUCCCUCUCCUCUGUACCCACUUCAUGAGCUGCACUCAUGAGCUCUGCCCUGAAGAGAGGCACCACAUCGGAGACCGCAGCCUCUCCCUGUGCAACAUGUUCCUGGAUGAGAUGGCCAAGCAGGCCCGCAACCUCAUCACAGACAUCUGCACCGAGCAGUGCACCCUGAGUGACCAGCUGCUGCCAAAACAUUGUGCCAAAACCAUCAGUCAGGCCGUGAACAAGAAGUCGAAAAAGCAGACGGGGAAGAAAGGUGAACCGGAGAGAGAAAAGCCCGGCGUGGAGAGCAUGAGGAAGAACAGACUCCUGGUCACCAAUCUGGACAAACUGCACACUGCUCUAUCAGAGCUCUGCUUCUCUAUCAACUACGUACCCAACAUGAUGGUCUGGGAGCACACCUUCACCCCACGCGAGUAUCUGACCUCCCAUCUGGAGAUUCGCUUCACCAAGUCCAUUGUGGGAAUGACAAUGUACAACCAAGCCACGCAGGAGAUUGCCAAACCAUCAGAGCUGCUUACCAGCGUCCGGGCCUAUAUGACGGUGCUGCAGUCCAUCGAGAACUACGUGCAGAUCGACAUCACACGAGUAUUUAACAAUGUUCUGCUGCAGCAGACCCAACACCUGGACAGCCAUGGAGAACCAACCAUCACCAGCCUCUACACCAACUGGUAUCUGGAGACUCUUCUGCGGCAGGUGAGCAACGGCCACAUUGCUUACUUUCCAGCUAUGAAGGCCUUUGUGAACCUUCCCACUGAGAACGAGCUCACCUUUAAUGCCGAGGAGUAUUCUGACAUAUCCGAAAUGCGUUCCCUGUCUGAGCUGCUGGGCCCGUACGGGAUGAAGUUCCUCAGCGAGAGCCUCAUGUGGCACAUCUCUUCCCAAGUGGCCGAGCUUAAGAAACUUGUGGUGGACAACGUGGAGGUUCUGACCCAGAUGAGGACCAGCUUUGACAAGCCGGAGCAUAUGGCAGCGCUUUUCAAACGGCUCACAUCGGUUGACAGCGUCCUGAAACGGAUGACCAUCAUCGGUGUGAUUUUGUCAUUCCGCUCUCUGGCUCAGGAAGCCCUUCGAGACGUACUUUCAUGCCACAUUCCCUUCUUGGUAAGCUCUGUGGAAGACUUCAAAGACCACAUUCCUCGUGAAACUGACAUGAAGGUCGCCAUGAACGUGUACGAGCUGUCUUCUGCCGCAGGGCUGCCCUGUGAGAUUGACCCUGCUCUUGUAGUGGCCCUUUCUUCUCAGAAGUCUGAGAACAUCAGCCCAGAGGAGGAGUACAAGAUCGCCUGCUUGUUGAUGGUGUUUGUGGCUGUUUCCAUGCCGACCCUGGCCAGCAACGUGAUGUCGCAGUACAGUCCCGCAAUAGAAGGUCACUGCAACAACAUCCACUGUCUAGCUAAAGCGAUAAACCAGAUUGCCGCUGCUCUCUUCACUAUCCACAAGGGCAGCAUAGAGGAUCGCCUGAAAGAAUUCCUCGCUCUUGCCUCUUCCAGUCUGUUGAAGAUCGGACAGGAGACGGAUAAAACCACUACACGAAACCGGGAGUCUGUUUACUUGCUCCUGGACAUGAUCGUUCAAGAAUCACCAUUCCUCACCAUGGACCUCUUGGAGUCCUGCUUCCCAUACGUCCUGCUCCGGAACGCCUACCACGCUGUGUACAAGCAGUCCGUGUCCUCUUCCGCAUAAGAGAGUACCUGUGCGUAAGCGCUCCGAGGGCCGGAUACUACAGCUCUUAUUCCAUAUUCCUUUCUAGGAUACUACAAUUUUAUUGUCUUACCAGUGCAAGACUUUUUAUGGGAUCAAAUCUUUUAUGACACUGAAUAAUGAGGGGAUAAAAGUUUAUUCACUACUUACACUAAAUGAGUUCGAUCCCAGGGACUAGGACACUAAAUAUCAUUUUGACCAUUUUUUUGGUUUGUUUUCAUUUGCAAUGGUUAAACAUGGAAACAUAAACUAGUUAAUUGUGUGUGUUGGGAUGUCGGGGGGAGGGCAUGGGUGGAUUAUAAAAACUUUACAUCAUGCUAAAUGCUUGUUAAGAUGACAGAUGCCUCUAUGAAACAGUGAUUCUUCUUUUUUUGAUGUUGUUCUUCUAGAUCUAAUAUGUGUGGGUUACUGCGUGCUUUUUCUCUCUCUCUCACUUCCUGUGAAUUUGCAUUUAUUUUUUGUUAAUCUCUUGUGUUCGUUUGACAUAUUUGCCAAAUUAAUGGAUAUAACAGCAUCUCAUUUGGAUGGAAACGGCCGAAUUGUGCAUAACUACAUGUUAUUAAAGCAACCCAGUGUUGUUUGUACAAAGCAUAGUAUAAUUUUUUAACUAACUUUCAUGAUGCCUGCAUCGACUCUCCAUUGUAUCUGUCUGUGAGCUGUAAUAAACAUUCGUACAUAUUUAUUGAAUGUUUAUCAGUUGUUUUACCCUCCUCUCCCUUAAACAGUUUUAUAUGUUUUCAAUUUUUGGAAAUGACAAUGUAUCUUCCAUAACAUGAAUAAACAUCAGGUCAUAUGA